AUCUUCCAACUUUUACGGCAGCGGCCUAAGUUAGCGGUUAGGGCAAUUAUCCUUACUAUCUUUAUUGUAGACGAGAUCUAACACAAUCCAUGAAAUUAUGUUCUUUGAAUCUCACUUUGUCAUUGUACAAUCGAGAAUUGAAAACUUUUUUGACAAUCUUCGGACAUUUUUGUUUUGUAUAUAAUUCCUGGAAUUUAUAUACACGUACAUGUUUUAAUUGAAAGCUUCCAAGUCUAUGAUACUAACUUCACGAGUGUUUUGCAGUGAUGACAGUGACUGUGUGUUUUAUCGGAUGAUCGAGAGUGAUGACAACAGUGUGCACGCGAGCGAACUUGGCCUUCUUCCACGUUACAUUUAUGAUCGUUUAAUUGUCGCAAAUAAACAAGAAUGGGUGUUGGCCUAAAACCAUUGGAGUUUACGGAUUGUUUAACCGACAGUCCGUACUUCCGUGAAAAUCUUCACUAUCACGAGCGCGAAUUAGAAAAGACCAGUCAGCAAAUAAAGCGACUUAUUAAAGAGAUCAAAGAUUUACUAACAGCUGCUAAAAACUUGUCCAGGGCUCAAAGAACCUUUUCCAAAACAUUACAAAACUUCAGCUUUGAAUGCAUUGGAGAGAGCCAGACUGAGGAUGAAACUCACAUAUCUCAAAGUCUAAAGUAUUUUGGCAAACUUAUUGCAUCCAUAGAAGAUGAAAGAGAUCGUAUGCUAGAGCAAGCAUAUAAUCAGAUUAUAUUACCUUUGGAAAAUUUUAGGAAAGAACAUAUUGGUGGAGUUAAGGAUGGCAAAAAAAAAUUUGAGAAACAAACAAUUAAAUUUUGUCAGAGCCAAGAACGCUACUUAAAUUUAUCCAUUAAGAAACAAGACAAUGUUUUGCAAGAGGCAGAUGCAACGUUGGAAAUGGCUGAAAGACACUUUUCUCAAGCUAGUUUAGAAUAUGUAUUCUUAUUGCAAGAGGUUCAAGAACGGAAAAAAUUUGAAUUUGUUGAAACGUUAUUGGGAUUUAUGUUUGGAUGGCUGACGUUCUAUCAUCAGGGUCACGAAGUUGCAAAAGAUUUUAAACCUUAUAUGACAGAGCUACAAUUAAAAAUUCAGAAGACUAGAGAGAAUUUCCUUGCUACCCGGGAUAAAACUGAAUCACUUAUGAAUAAGAUGAAGGACAUGAAGAAGUCCGCUGUAGAAAGUGGUCUGAACAAACUGCAUUCGCGCGAAGGUUAUCUAUUUCUAAUGGAAAAAAAAGCGUUUGGUACAACAUGGACAAAACAGUAUUGCACAUAUCAGAAGGACAAGAAAGAAUUUACUAUGAUCCCUUACAAUCAACUCACCGGAAAAUUUAGUAGCAAAGAAACUUUCACAUUAGCAUCUUGUAUACGAAGAACAUCAGACACUAUUGAAAAAAGAUUUUGUUUCGAUAUUACUGCCGUUGAUAAGCCUAAUAUAACUUAUACAUUCCAAGCGUUAUCUGAAGAGGAUAGAAAAUUGUGGAUGGAUGCCAUGGAUGGAAAAGAACCUGCUUGCCAACGAUUAGGUUCUUCUGCAAAACCUGAAGAUACAGUAUUAGAUGAAACUGGUUUUGCAUUCAUAUCCAAGUGUAUCGCAGCGCUUGAAAAUAGAGGACUCGAAGAACAGGGUCUGUACAGAGUGGUCGGUGUUGCCUCGAAAGUGAACAAACUUUUAACAAUGGGACUCGAUAAGAGGAAAAUAGAUAAAAUCAAUCUGAACGAUCGUUUUGAAUGGGAGAGUAAAACUAUUACUAGUGCACUCAAGACUUAUCUAAGAACAUUGUCCGAGCCGCUGAUGACAUUCCGAUAUUACAACAGCUUCAUUACAGCUGCGAAACAGGAAACGAAAGAAACUCGAAUAAAUGAUGUACAUAGUCUCGUUUAUCGAUUGCCUAAAGCAAACUUUAACAUGCUGAUCCUUCUCAUCAAUCAUCUUUGCAAUGUGGCAAAGAAAAGUGAAAAAAAUUUAAUGACCGUGGGAAACUUGGCAGUGUGUUUCGGUCCGACUCUAUUACGACCGGAAGAGGAAACGGUAGCAUCUAUAAUGGAUAUUAAAUUUUAUAAUAUCGUUGUGGAAAUAUUGAUCGAGAAUUGUGAAAGAAUAGUAUCUGGACCGCCUCAAGAUUCUUUACGCACAACAGCAACGCAACAGCCCGCCGCUGUUGUAUCAAGUAAAUCGCAAUGCGUUAAAGUAGAAGAAAGUUCGACUUCCUCGGGUAAUGGCACCGCAUUUUUAAGAUAUCCACUGCACACCGCGGUCACAGUCACGCCUACAUCUUCGCAUUCACAUCUUGUUACGAGAUCCUAUUACGACGGUCAGCCGUUAACGGUCAUUAACAAAUCGUCUGUUGCCGAUGAAAGAAAUAACGGAGAUUACGAAGAUCUAGACAGCACGAGUCAUCGUAUACCAUCGUACCUGGACGGCCGUAGCGGUAGCACCGGCAGCACCAGUCGUAUAAAACUAACCAAUAUGAACCUCAUAUAUCAUUCAGCCGAAAAAGUUCUUAGUGGUGGAAAUACAAGUAGUUCGAGCGAGUCGAUUGCGUCGGAUCCUCAUCCGUUUACCAGCGAAUUACCAGUGAAACAGAAGCGUGGUACCAUGAUGUCUGUGCACUAUCCCACGGCUUACUCUCAGCGCAGUAGCUCGUCAUCAAUUUGUCCUGUUAACACUUCGCCUAGUAGUGGUCGUUCAAGUCCGGGUCAAAUACCGGGUAUUUGGAGAGUACGGACUUUGUACGCAUGCAUGGCGGAGAGCGAAGGAGAAUUGUCAUUCGAGCCAAAUCAAAUUAUCACAAAUGUUAAAGCCUCUUUGGAACCGGGUUGGCUAGAAGGUACGUUGAACGGCAAGACGGGUUUGGUCCCGAAGAAUUAUGUCGAGCAGCUACCUUAAAAGAACCAAAGAGUAUCAGAAAAUUUAGGCAAUUCUGUGUCGUUAGUGCAAUGGUUUUGGAUAUAUUUCGAUAUUUUUGUUAUCGUAAAAGAAACGAGACUCAUGUGUGAAACAAAACUAUGCAGUGCGACACACGUAAACACUUGCGUUGCAAACUUCCGUACCGGAAUUUCUUCGGCUGCACACUAUUUAGUCAAUUAUAAUUUUACAUAAAGUAUUAUUUAUUAGAAGCCAUUUUGCUGUGUAUCUAUAAAACUGUAUAUAUAUAAUCACACUUGUAGGAAAAGUGACAUAUGUUCAUAGUAGAAAAAAAUCAUAUAGAUUUAAUAUAUCUGAUGCAUUUCAAUACAUUUAUAUUAAAUGAUACUCCCAAUUUAUAUGUACACAAGGAUAUUUUAUGUGGAGCUUUUUUCUGUAUGAGAUUUUAAAGGCAAUAACUAUCUGCGAGUGUUUAUAUAUAUAUAUAUAUAUAUAUAUGUACACACAUAUAUAUACACACA